UUAAGGUAGGAAGGUUGAGAACUACUGAUCUAAACCAAACCUUUACUGUCAGAUAAUUCCCCACCCUUCCCUAUUAGGGCAAGUAGGAGAAGGCCUUUGAAAAAACCAUACAAUGUGAUUUUGCAACUCAACCUGUCCCUUCAGUGGAAAGUACCUUGGCUGUGACGUCACCUAUUAAAAAAAGGCGUUAUCUUUCGGCAAGAAUCAGUUUGCAACCAGAGCCAGAGUGCCUUUUUCUUGGACUGGCUUGCCGGGAGCCAUAGAGGAGAAGGGACAGCCUGCUUGAAGAAGGGGGAGAAAAGAAAAGAAAGGAAAGGGGGAGGGAGAUAAAAAGGCAUGUGGUUUCAUGGAUGCCUUCCAGAAUUGUGCCUCUGAGUGUGUCUGUGUGAGUGUGGAGGGAUGGUGGGAGAGAGGAGCGGCUCAUGUAUGUGAAAGAAAGAGUGAGUGAGAGUGAUUUCCAUGACAACUGACCUCGCCAGUCUGUGUACUCUCUGGGCGAUCAUUUGUGCCUUAAUCUCUGCUGUGAAAGGUCAUCUGAAGGAGCGGCGGGACCCACAGCAGGCAGCAGGCUCCUUCUUGCAAAGAGCCUUGCAAAGGGGAUUCAUUUUGGACAGUGCCUCAGCUCAUAGGACCAAGUUUUUGUCUGGGAAAUACAAAAGCAAGCAUGGCGGGGAAAGGCAAACCCUUGGUGUGUCAGGUUUCAAGAUUCAGAGAAAGCAGAAAUGACCAUGACUGCCAACAAAACUGCCAGUGUCACCAGGAGAGCUGGAGGAAGUAAGGUGUCUCGGGAUACUCUUGAUCGGUGCCAGUCAGUCUCUCCACCACCUCUUCUGUACCAGCCAAGAAGCUCAGCGUCAUAUCCCCUGAGUGACAGUGAGGACUCUUGUCGCUCUGGCAGUUUCACCAAAGUAUCCAAUUCCAGGCCGCUCCUCAAGGACGAGACGACCUGGGGGGUUACCUUGAGAAGCACUUCUACAUCCCCUUCAGACACCGAACCUCCAAGUCACCUCCUCAAAGCUGUCAGCAUUGGCUGCUUGGAUAAAAGGCUCUCUCUUUUCCAGACCGAAGACCAAAAGGAAGUGGCCAAGGAAACUCAAGAUGGCGAAGUAGUUGGCAGCCGCCAACUGACCCGAAGCACUCUCUCCUUAGGGACUGCAGCAAGCCUGCGGACCCUUUCCAUUAGCAGGGUCAGCGUCCACUCCCAAGCACUUGAUAUCAGGCAGAAGAUAACAGAAUGGGAAUGCCGCAAGGAGCCUUCGCCUAGAAUGAGUGUAUGCUUGGACAAGAGAGAUGCUGGGGACAGGUCAGGCAGUGAGAGCUGCCCUAGUAUGUUGCCUUCUCCCUCCAGUGAGAAAACCUUUGAAUACAAAGGGUUCCAGAGGAUGAGCAGGACAUUUUCUGAAUGCUCCUAUCCAGAAACUGAGGAGGAGGAAUUUCUGGACAGAGAUUCCUGCCACAGGUUUGAAAAGAGGCCAAGCAGGAGUGAGUCUACCAACACGUUCCUCAAGGGGAAUGCCAGGAAAGAGAGCUCUGCUGUGUUGAACAGAAUACAGAAGAUUGAACAGGCAUUAAAAAAACAGCCUGGAAGGGGUCUCCCUCAAUUGCCCAGUAGCUGCUAUAGUGUUGACAGAGGAAGGAAAAAGUCUGUGACUUUGGGUGCUGCAGAUUGCAUAAGUGAGAAUGUAACUGAUAGCAAAGCAGGGGGUGUUGUUGCUUGUGAGAGUAAUCCAGAGACACCCACUGAGACUGAGAAAACUAGUAAAACACUACACGUUGGACCUAAGCUGCUUCCUGAGAGCCUGGCAAAUACAGCAGUUAACCCUGUGCCCAAGCCCAAGCGCACCUUUGAGUAUGAAGCUGACAAGAAUCACAAAAAUAAACCAAGCAACGGCCUACCUCCUUCACCUCUGGCUGCUGUCCCUCCGCCUCUUCCCUCGACUCCUGCUCCUCCUGUCACCCGCAGGCAGAAGAAAGAGUCACGCUUUCACAGAAAAUCCCAAAAUAGAAAAUCCUUUGAGUUUGAAGACGCUUCAAGUCUCCAGUCCUUGUAUCCUACCUCUCCAAGUGAGAAUGGUACUGAGAACCAGCACAAAUUUGGAUCUAAAAGCACUUUAGAAGAGAACGCUUAUGAAGACAUUGUCGGAGAUUCACCCAAGGAAAACCCAUAUGAGGAUGUGGAGCUGAAAGCCCGUAACGCAGGCCGAAAAUCUCAGCAGAUUUCUGAAAGUUCCCUAGAUUCUUUGCACAGGAUGUGGACUCCCCAGGACAGGAAGUACACAGCACCUCCCCAGUUACCUUCAAAGCCUAGCAGUCAGUCUCUUAGAAUUGUGAACUGGUCAGAAAGAAAAAGCCAUCGGCUGCCACGGCUACCCAAGAGGCAUAGCCAUGAUGAUAUGCUGCUGCUGGCCCAGCUUGGCAUCCCCUCCUCUCCCUCCAGCUUGAAUGAGGACAGUCUGAGUACUACAAGUGAACUUCUGUCCACACGCAGGGCCAGGAGGGUCCCAAAGCUUGUACAAAGGAUCAACUCUAUCUAUAGUGCAAAAAGAGGAAAGAAGAGGUUGAAGAAACUUUCAAUGUCCAAUAUUGAAACAGCAUCACUGAGAGAUGAAAACAGUGAGAGUGAAAGUGAUUCGGAUGAUCGGUUUAAAGCUCACACCCAACGCCUUGUUCACAUCCAGUCAAUGCUGAAGAGGGCUCCGAGCUACCGGACUUUGGAACUGGAGCUGAUUGAAUGGCAGGAACGUGAAUUGUUUGAAUAUUUUGUGGUCGUUUCCCUUAAGAAGAAGCCUUCCAAAAACACGUAUCUCCCUGAAGUCACAUAUCAAUUUCCAAAGCUAGAAAGACCCACAAAACAAGUUCGUGAAGCAGAAGAACGGCUCAAGGCCAUCCCUCAGUUUUGCUUUCCGGAUGCCAAAGACUGGAAUCCAGUAUCAGAAUACAACAGUGAGACAUUCUCUUUCAUGCUGACUGGAGAAGAUGGCAGCAGAAGAUUUGGUUAUUGCAGACGAUUACUACCAAGUGGAAAAGGACCUCGACUACCUGAGGUGUAUUGUGUCAUCAGUCGCCUGGGUUGCUUUGACUUGUUUUCCAAGAUACUGGAUGAAGUUGAAAGAAGGAGAGGAAUAUCUGCUGCUCUGGUUUACCCAUUUAUGCGUAGUCUGAUGGAAUCUCCUUUCCCCGCACCUGGAAAGACCAUCAAAGUCAAGACUUUCCUGCCUGGAGCUGGAAAUGAGAUCAUAGAGCUUCGGCGACCGAUGGAUUCUCGCCUGGAGCAUGUGGACUUUGAGUGCCUUUUCAAAUGCCUGAGUAUUCGACAGAUCAUCAGAAUCUUUGCUUCCCUCUUACUGGAACGACGAGUGAUCUUCAUAGCAGAAAAACUCAGCACCCUCUCCAGUUGCUCUCAUGCCGUGGUGGCUUUGCUGUAUCCCUUCUCCUGGCAACAUACCUUCAUUCCUGUUCUCCCUUCUUCCAUGAUUGACAUUGUGUGCUGUCCUACGCCAUUUCUUGUUGGAUUGCUGUCCAGCUCAUUGCCCAAACUAAAGGAGUUACCAGUAGAAGAGGCAUUGAUGGUGAACCUUGGAUCAGAUCGUUUCAUUAGACAGAUGGAUGAUGAAGACACACUUUUGCCUAGAAAACUGCAAGCAGCUCUGGAGCAGGCUCUAGAGAGGAAGAAUGAUUUAAUAAACCAGGAUUCAGACAGUGAAUCAGAUGAGGAAUGCAAUACCUUGAAUGGAUUAGUGUCAGAAGUUUUUAUCCGUUUUUUUGUGGAGACAAUUGGACAUUAUUCCCUUUUCCUAACUCAAAAUGAAAAGGCAGAGAGAGUCUUCCAGAGAGAGGCCUUCCGUAAAUCCGUAGCUUCAAAGAGCAUCCGUCGUUUUCUAGAAGUUUUCAUGGAAUCUCAGAUGUUUGCUGGGUUUAUUCAAGAUAGAGAACUGAGAAAAUGUAGGGCAAAAGGCCUUUUUGAACAGCGGGUUGAACAAUAUUUGGAAGAGCUUCCAGACACUGAACAAAGUGGUGUAAAUAAAUUUCUACGAGGUCUUGGAAAUAAAAUGAAGUUUCUUCACAAGAAGAAUUGAUUCUACUGGGAUGUGGAUCCAAAGACUAUUUAUGACACUGGGCACAGAGCACCACCUGCAGUUUUUCCGAUGCUGUUGCCGGAGGCGAGAAAAUGAACUGGUCCAAGUUUUAGUGACUGCAAAUGCUGGUUUACUGUGAAUCAGCAAAAUAAUAAUAAUAAUCACAUACUUGGAUAGUUACUGUAAAUAAUGUGCUGUUAAGUGUCCCUAAUGUGUUUUUUCUGUCAAGGGCAGGGACGAAUGUGGUAAUAUUUGUAUAUUCCUAAAAAUAACAGGUGCUUCUUUCUUUAGUACGAACUGAGGGAUGCUUGGUGCAAACUAAAUAGCUAAUUAUGUGCAGCUGACUGUCUCAGCAAAACCACUGACUUCCAAUGGAUGCUUGUAAGAGCUCUGUGGUGAACUGUGGGAGUGAAAGGACUCCAGUGUGAGAAAUUGGAGGCGGUGUUAAAAGAAAGAGGAGCAAUAUAUAUUUAUAUAUAAAUUACAGAGUUUAUAUUUUUGAGUAGAUUGCCUUCUAAUUCAUUUUUCAAGAGAAAAUAGCCAGUUACUCUGCAAGAAGGUACUUGAUCCACAGUCACAGAUUAUCUUUUUUUUUUUAAACGAUGGUCAGUAAAUUGUAAUACAUUCUGCACUAUGAUUGCUAAACAUGGAGAAAUCUCUGGAUUUUUGACCAACAGGCUGCAAGUGAUUUGGUACAGUCCAUCUUUUCCUAAUGUAUGACUUCUAAUAAAUUGUGUAAAUAUUUAUGUCAAA